UUUGAGGCAAUAUUUGGAAAUUUAGGCGAGCUCAAACCUUCUGAGGAAAUAUUGAACGCUCGACCACAAAAUUGUUUUUCACGUGCCGGUAUACGUAAACCGAUUUUUGCGAAUUUUCCAAGAUAA